AAAAAGGUAUUUUUGGUAAACAAAAUUAAAAUAGAGUUUUGUAUCGGCAGAAGAUUUCUCCUUCUCUAAAACCUAGACUGGCGACAGGCGAAUCUGUGCUUCGCCUUGAAUCUGUAAAAAUCCGAAUAUGGUUCGAAGAUUAAAGAAGCCCAAAAACGCUAAGCGCAAGAAUAAGGAAGUGGAAGGAUUGUCGGAUUCAGUAGCAUCAAAAGUAUGGGAGGCAGGAAUAGACAAAUUGGAGGAAGGUGAAGAGCUUCAGUGUGACCCAUCUGCUUACAAUGCCCUUCAUGCCUUCCAUAUUGGAUGGCCAUGCAUGAGUUUUGAUGUGCUGCGGGACUCUCUUGGCAUGGUGCGAACUGAGUUUUCACAUACUGCAUACUGUGUAGCAGGAACACAAGCAGACAAAAGGGCUUCCAACUCUAUUGGAAUUUUUAAGUUAUCUAAUAUAUCUGGAAAAAGGCGGGACUUGGUGCCAACCAAGACUGGUGAUGAUGAUAAUAUGGACAGUGAAAGUAGUGACAGUGAUGAUGAUGAUAAUGAAGAAAAGGAAGUAGAAGCUGUUCUACAGCUACGCAAGGUGUUUCAUGAAGGAUGUGUUAAUCGUAUACGUGCUAUGACGCAAAACCCCCAUAUAGUUGCUUCUUGGAGUGAUACUGGUCAUGUUCAGGUCUGGGAUUUUAGCUCACAUUUAAAUGCAUUGGCAGAAGCAGAGAGUGAUCGUAGCCAAGGGGCUUCUGCAGUCUCUAAUCACUCACCUUUAUUUAAGUUUGGCGGACACAAAGAUGAGGGCUAUGCUAUAGAUUGGAGUCCUCAUGUACCAGGGAGGCUUGUUUCAGGGGACUGCAAGAAUAGUAUCCAUUUAUGGGAGCCAACUUCUGAUACAACAUGGAAUGUUGAAGAUUCUUUUAUUGGACACAGCGCAAGUGUUGAAGAUCUUCAGUGGAGCCCUGUAGAUCCUUGUGCGUUUGCCUCUUGCUCAGUUGAUGGAAGUAUUAAGAUAUGGGACACCCGAAAGAAAAGAUCUCCUACCGCAACUAUAAAGGCAUAUAAGACAGAUGUUAAUGUUAUAUCAUGGAACAGGGGAGCGAGCUGUAUGCUUGCAUCUGGGAGUGAUGACGGGGCUUUUUCUAUUCAAGAUCUUAGAGUCGUCAAGUGUGGUCUGAAUGAAGGAGGAGAGAGUGUCGUGGCAUACUUUGAAUAUCACAAACAUCCGAUCACUUCUAUUGAAUGGAGUCCUCACCAUGAAGCUGCCUCAACCAUUGCUGUUUCAUCAUCUGACAAUCAACUGACUAUCUGGGACCUUUCUUUGGAGAGAGAUGAGGAAGAGGAGGCUGAGUUCAAAGUCAAAAUGAAAGAGCAAGUCAAUGUCCCAACAGAUUUGCCCCCACAACUUCUCUUUAUCCAUCAGGGUCAGAAAGAUUUGAAAGAACUUCACUGGCAUCCUCAGAUCCCUGGAAUGGUUAUAUCCACAGCAGCAGAUGGAUUUAACAUACUAAUGCCAUCAAACAUUGAAAAUGUGCUUCCUGCUUGAUACUUGGUUGAUAAGAAAAUGAUGCAUGCUUGGUAGCUCAUUAUUUAGCUAUUCUUUCCUAUUUCGCAAGUGAUGAACAUGUCUCUAUUCCUUUACUUUUGUAAUUAUGUUGUGCCUUAGUUUUAUCAACUUUAAUUUGUCCCAGAAAUCUAUUUAUGGACAAUUGCAUGCAUCGCAUGGUUGAGUGAACA